AUGGGCUUUCAUGUGAAGUGGGUAAACUUGAUGAUGAUGUGCAUCACAACGGUCUCCUACUCUCUUUUGAUCAAUGGGGAACCUUCUGAAAAAAUCACUCCGUCCAGGGGUAUCAGGCAGGGAGACCCAAUCUCCCCUUAUUUGUUCCUUCUUUGCUCUGAGGGCCUACAUGCCUUGAUUGAGAAUGCAGCCCAGACGGGUCUUAUCCGUGGCAUAUCUAUAUGUAGAAAUGGUCCGCGAUUAACACAUCUGUUUUUUGCAGACGAUAGCCUUAUAUUCUGCAAGGCUUCAAUUCAGGAAUGCAUCCACAUCCAGUCCAUCCUCUCAGAGUACGAGGCUGCCUCGGGGCAAAAGCUAAAUAGAGAGAAAACUACCCUCUUCUUCAGCAAAGCAACCUCCUCGAGUACUCAGGAAAACAUUAUCAACUUACUAGGGGUUUCGGAGGUUAAGCAAUACGAGAAAUAUCUUGGUCUCCCUUCUUUUGUGGGGAGAGGCAAGAGGGCUAGUUUUGCUUUCAUAAAGGAAAGAGUCUGGUCGAAGUUGAUGGGUUGGAAGGAAAAGCUUCUCUCUCAGGCUGGGAGAGAAGUUCUCAUAAAAGCAGUAAUCCAAGCGCUCCCAUCCUUUGCCAUGAGCUAUUUCAAAUUACCCUCGACGCUAUGCCACGAAAUUGAGGUCAUGUUCGUAAAUGCUAGUGGGGGCAGCGUGGCAAAAAAUAACUUGGGCUCUUUUGCUUGGAAAAGCAUUCUAAGAGGUCGGGACAUCAUCAGUAGGGGUGCUAAGUGGGGGGUUGGUAAUGGUUGGAAUAUUAAGAUUUUCGAUGACAAAUGGCUGCCUAGUGGAGGCUCGGGUAGAGUAACCUCUCCUCCCGGAAUCCAUGACCCUGAAUUGAGAGUGGCUUCCUUAAUUGACCAUGAUUUGCACUGUUGGAAAUCUGAUCGGGUUGAUGCUAUAUUCUCCCCAGCUGAGGCCAGAGUUAUCAAAGCUAUCCCGUUGAGUUUUCUGGACUCUCCGGACUGGUUGUACUGGCCUUGGAAUCGUAGCGGAGUUUACUCGGUAAAAACGGGGUACAAUCUUGCUCGAGAGUGGGAGUCUCUAAAUGCUCCGAGUGCCCCUGCCCAAACCGUUUGCAAUAACACUUGGAAAAAAAUUUGGAACCUCCACGUUCCAAACAGAAUCUGUACCCUCCUCUGGCGUGCCUCCAAUGAUUCGCUCCCCACAAAGGUUAAUUUGACCCGUAGAAAGAUGCUGCAAGUCGACACCUGCCCCAACUGCAACCUGGAACUCGAGACAGUAGUUCAUGCCCUUUGGUCCUGUAAGAAACUUGACAUCGUGUGGCUUCCAAAGUUUGCAAAACUUAAAGAAGUUUCUUCUUCUCUCUCCUGCUUCUCAAACCUUAUGUACUUAGCACUUCAGGAUCCUAUUUGUGUGGAAGAAUCAGGCCCGUGCCUUGGUGCAAGAAUUCCAGCAUAUUCGGCCAACCCAUGCAAAAAUCCCAAGAACUACCCGUGUGGUUCGCUGGAAGCCGCCACCCCUGGUUUGGUGAAAGUAAAUUUCAACGGUGCUAUUUUCUCAACCCAUUCUUCAGCUGGUCUUGGCGUGAUAAUCCGUGACCAGGCUGGACUGGUAUUGGCUGCCCUGUCACAAAAUAUUCCCCUGCCUACUUCGGUGGAGGCAGUGGAAGUGAUGGCAGCGAGAAGAGCUCUCUUGUUUGCCAAAGAGCUUGGUUUUGAGAGAGUUGUGGUUGAAGGAGACUCGGAAGUGGUCAUAAAAGCUAUCAAGGAAAAAUCUCUCCUCUCUUCUGGCUGGGGUCACCUUCUUAAAGAUAUCCAUGCUCUAUCUCAUUCUUUUAGUUGUAUUUAUUUCCUUCAUGUUAAGCGUUUGGGUAACCGGGUAGCUCAUUCCUUAGCCCGUAGAUCUUUUUGUAAUCCUCUGCUAGUUUGGAUGGAGGAACUUCCCCUAGAUAUUGUUGAUGUUUACAACCAAGAUCUUGGUUUUAUUAAUGAAUAG